AUGAUCGGCAAGCUCGAUCAAAAAGAUGCCUUCGACGUAGCGGUGAUAGGGGCGGGAUUUGCUGGUGUCGUGGCGGCCCGAGAUCUCAGCAACAAAGGCCAUUCAGUAGUCCUUCUCGAAGCCCGAGAUCGCGUGGGCGGACGCACGUACGUGGACAAAGGGUUUGACGGAUCAGUCGACCUGGAAUACGGUGGUGCCUACGUCCACUGGACGCAGCCGCACGUGUGGAACGAGCUCUCAAGACACGGCAUUCCGAUACAGCCUCCUCUAGAAUGUAACAAGUGUUACUGGCUGGCAGACGACCAGGUACACUCUGGCACGACGGCCGAGUACGAGGCAGCAGUUGGGCCUCUACUAGAGCGAUUCUUCUGCGACGCUCGGGCCCGAUUCCCCGUACCGUUCGACGUGACGCGGUUGGACAAUAGCGACAUUGAGAGGCAGUGCUUGCAGGAUCGGGUCGAUGAGCUCAACCUCACCGUGUACGAAAAGGACCUGUUGGACGGAGUACUGUCUGGCGUCGUCCAUUCUUACACGAAGCAGGGCCUGGCCCAGCUCCUGCAGGCUGUAGCGACAUACUUUGGCAAUUUUGGAGCCUUUAUCGAGACGGCUGGGACGUGGUCCAUUCAAGGAGGCACUAAGCGCCUCCUCGACGCUAUACUGGACGAGUCGACUGCCGAGGUACGACUGUCGACACCAGUGAGCUCCGUCGCAGACGACGGCGAGGGCCAAGUGAGGGUGACAACGCGGGCUGGAGAAACCAUCCACGCACGCUCGGUGAUCGUCGCUCUCCCACUCAACACUGUCGGGGACCUGAAGAUCACUCCCGAAGUGCCAAAGCAUGUGCGUGCCAUGAUCGAUCAGAAGAAUCCCGUCAUGGCCACGAAGCUCUGGGCUCGCGUCCGCGGCGAGAUCGAGCCGUUCACCACUUUUGCUCCUGUCGGCAAGCACCCGAUCAACGCGGCGAGGACCGAGAGUCGGCACGACGGUGACACAUUGGUGUUUGCCAUGGUCUCAAAUGCGGCCGCAAUUCGAGCCGAUGAUCGUGAUGCUGUGCAGGCCGCCCUACAAAAGUUCGUGCCCGACAUCCAAGUCGUCGACACGGCGGGCCAUGACUGGACAGUGGACGAGUUCUCCAAAGGCGGUUGGAUGAUGCAUCGGCCCGGCAAUCUCACCGUGGCUGCACCGCUGAUGCGAAAGCUGCAUGGUCGCAUCCGGUUUGCAGGGAGUGAUAUCGCCACGAUUGAACCGGGUUCGAUAGAAGGAGCCAUUGAGAGCGGCGCUGCUGCUGCACGCGACGUGGCCAUGCUAUUGGAGAAAAGUCAGGAGUGA